GGCAGCAGGUUUCCUCACAUCAAAGGCUUGACAAAAACCAGGAGGAGUAGGAGGUCUCAAGUCUCAGUGCCUGAGCGCCUCGGUGCUGCCCGAUAGUUUGCAGCCAUCUUUCGGGGAGGCGGCAGCUCCAGAUGAGGAGAGAGACGCGUCGGAUGGAUUAUCUGAAACACCCAAAACUUCACCGAGGCUCGACGGCACACGUGGAGUCUGGCCGGUAGCGAGCUCGGCUGCACGCUGCCCGUUAUUUGAAUUCACCAGAUGAGGGAGAUUUCCAACUGGAUGAACUUUUUUUUUUUGCCCAACUAUAGCGGCUUUCUGGACCAAGGGACCCACAGGACGGCAACCACCAGAACAGUUUUCCAGUGGAUCUGCUGAAUGAAGAACCAGAAGCUGAUUUUCUACUUUUUUCACUCCAUUGAUGUUCCUUCCUGCAGACUUUGUGAUUUCCCAAAAGUACAGAACUUGGAGGAAUAGCGGCUAAAGGCUGGCUGACUGAGCCGCUUUUUAGGUCAAACAUCAGACAAAGGGAAAUGGAAGGAUUUCAUACAGGUGCUGCAUAAUUUGGAUCCUGCAGGGGGGGAAUAUCUGAGCCGGAGUGUGGAGGGCUCCCCUCCCUGCCCUCCCUUCCUCCCAGUCUAUCUGCGCCCCCAGCAGCAUGUCCCAAGCUCUGAGGCUGCCUCCAGUCCUCCACCCAGCACCCUACCAUGAUCAGAUGUGCUGCUGGAGGGAGUAAGGCUGCCUUGUCCUGCUCCACCACUGACUUUGGGGCUCAUUCUCGCUGUGGGAGCGGCCACUGGUUGAGGCCCGCCGCCACCGCCACGCUGUUUUCCUCGCGGUCUCUGCUGCUAGCCCUAGUCGCUCUCGCUGUCUCCCUUCCCCGAGCAGCCUGCAAUCACAGACUGAGGCUCACCGUAGCGCCGAGUCCGCUGAACAUUUCAGAAAGCGUCUACAAGCCCCCGGCUCGGACUGGGGGGCCGCAGGGUAGGCACGUGCGCAGUUACAACCAUCUCCAAGGAGACAUACGGAGGAGGAAGCUGUUCUCUUUCCAGAAAUUUUUCCUGAGGAUCGACAAGAACGGAAGGGUCAAUGGAACAAAGAGCAAGGAUGAUCCUCUCAGUAUUCUGGAAAUCACAUCGGUGGACGUGGGAGUGGUGGCUAUCAAAGGGCUGCACAGCAACUACUAUCUGGCAAUCAGCAGGAAGGGAGAGCUCUACGGCGCGAGGGAGUUUGGCAUCGACUGCACCCUAAAGGAGCGCAUCGAAGAAAACGGCUACAACACAUACGCGUCGGCCGAGUGGAAGAACAAGAAGCGGCAGAUGUUUGUGGGUCUGAACAUCCAUGGGAGGCCCGUGCGAGGCAAAAGAACUCGCAGGAAAAACACGGUCACCCACUUCCUUCCAAUCAUGGCGUGAAUGCAGCACUGGUGAAAAGAGACGUUCCUCUCCUGAAGGUGAAGACUUGGCCUUUUUUUUUUUUUUUUUUUUUUUUUUUUUAAGAAAUAAGGCACUAACACUGACAAACAACCGGGAUUGUGUACUUUAUUUUAGAGAGGAGGCUGUGUUUGUGGCAUAGGAUGCAAUAUUUAUCUUAUUUCUGUGCCAAACAGGAACUAAAUGGCAAAUGAAAUAAUAUAAUAUAAACUCGAGCGUAGAUGCAAACAAGCGGCUGUCCCAUUUAUCAUGAGAGAACGCAACAAAGCAAAUGUUCAACGCCUCCACUCUACCGAUUUAUUUAUUUUGUGAUUAUUUAACUGGAUGGGAACAUUUACAAUGUGAGCAUUCCAUGGCAUUCUUUACUUCUUUUUUUUAUAGGAUCUUUAUCAAGUGGAAAUAAAAUCGAGUUUUUCUCCUCUCCAUCUGUUGUGUUGACCGCACACUCUUGGCUUUUGUGAGUGUUUGGCUUCACGGUAUGCGAGUCCUUAUCUGCAUGGCUGACAAGGCAAGCAUUAAUGACUGAAGGCUGGCUGAUGCA